AAGAGGUAACCAGAAGAGUUCUCACUGUGCAGAGAUAGAGUUUUGGAACUUUCAUUCAAAACAAACAAACAAAAUACUGAAAAUGCAACAAAAUCCUUCUAACAGAGCUUGUUUUGUAAGGCUUCAAAGCCCACGGAGAAUCCUAGGAACAUUUUCAAAGAUGAAUAGACCGAUCCAGGUGAAACCAGCGGACAGCGAAAGCCGAGGAGACAGAAAACUCUUCGUGGGCAUGCUUAAUAAGCAGCAGUCAGAAGAUGAUGUGCGCAGGCUAUUCGAGGCAUUUGGCAACAUCGAGGAGUGCACAAUCCUUCGGGGACCCGAUGGAAACAGCAAAGGGUGUGCAUUUGUGAAAUACUCUUCACAUGCAGAGGCCCAAGCAGCUAUCAAUGCCUUGCAUGGCAGCCAGACAAUGCCGGGAGCCUCUUCAAGCCUGGUGGUGAAGUUUGCAGAUACAGACAAGGAGCGUACAAUGAGGCGCAUGCAGCAGAUGGCGGGACAAAUGGGCAUGUUCAACCCCAUGGCCAUCCAGUUUGGAGCAUAUGGAGCCUAUGCACAGGCACUGAUGCAGCAGCAAGCCGCGAUCAUGGCCUCGGUGGCGCAGGGCGGCUACCUGAACCCCAUGGCAGCCUUUGCUGCAGCCCAGAUGCAGCAGAUGGCGGCUCUGAACAUGAACGGCCUGGCAGCUGCCCCUAUGACUCCAACCUCAGGUGGAAGCACGCCUCCUGGCAUAACUGCACCAGCUGUGCCUAGCAUCCCAUCUCCAAUUGGGGUGAAUGGUUUCACUGGCCUCCCGCCGCAGGCUAAUGGGCAGCCCGCCGCAGAAGCCGUGUUUGCUAAUGGCAUACACCCUUACCCAGCACAGAGCCCCACUGCAGCAGAUCCCUUGCAGCAAGCCUACGCUGGAGUGCAGCAGUACGCAGGUCCUGCUUAUCCUGCUGCUUAUGGCCAGAUUAGCCAAGCGUUCCCACAGCCACCUCCCAUGAUACCACAGCAACAGAGAGAAGGACCAGAGGGCUGUAACCUGUUUAUCUACCAUCUGCCCCAGGAGUUUGGGGAUGCUGAGCUGAUGCAGAUGUUCCUGCCUUUCGGUUUUGUGAGUUUUGACAAUCCUGCCAGUGCCCAAGCUGCCAUCCAAGCUAUGAAUGGCUUCCAGAUUGGCAUGAAGAGGCUGAAGGUGCAGCUGAAGAGGCCAAAGGAUGCUAAUCGUCCCUACUGAGAAGUUACGGGACCCAGUGGAUACAAAGCACUAGCACAGGGCAGCAGCUGAAUGGGCCACAAUUAGAAAAACAAAACAAACAAAAAAAA